AUGUCUGAAACUGAAACAUCAGAAAUCAACUCCAAUACCAAAUCAGAAGAGACCUCAAAUAUUCCACAAACAAGGGAUUUGCAGAGUAUCCAGGUAGCCUACAGGCUCAACGGAAAAAACUAUUUGAAAUGGUCACAAUUUGUUCAAACAUUUCUCAAAGGAAAGGGAGAAAUCAGCCACUUGCUUGGAACUGGACCGAAAAAGGGAGAUCCUAAAUUCGCUGCUUGGGAUGAAGAGGAUUCUAUGGUCAUGUCAUGGCUGUGGAACUCCAUGUUAUAUGAAAUAGGCGAUACUUGCAUGUUCCUACCAACAGCUAAAGAUAUAUGGACUACUAUUCAACAGUCCUAUUCAAAGACAGGAGAUGCUGCCCUAAUCUAUGAGAUCAAAACAAAGAUCUCAACCACUAAACAAGGCAACCUUUCUGUUACUCAAUAUGCCAAUCUUCUGCAAAAUCUGUGGCAGGAACUGGACGAAUAUCGGUGUGUUCAGAUGUUAUGUAGUGAAGAUGCAGCCACCUUGAAAAACUUUAUCGAACAGGAUAGAGUUUAUGACUUCGUUGCGGGUCUGAAUGUGGAAUUCGAUCAGGUCAGAGUCCAUAUAUUGGGGAAGAAAAGAUUAUCAUCUCUGAAUGAGACAAUAUCAUUGAUCCGAGCUGCAAAGAAUAGGUGA